AGUGGGAACUUUCUAGUUGUUUCGAAGGCAUGGCUACCGCUUUCAGAUUGAGGCUCGCCAUUAAAUGCGGGAAAAAUCUUUCAAGACCGUUAAUCCGAAGCUACGAAAGAAGGAUUUUCGAAAAACAAUGUCAGCGACUUUCGGGUUUUUCGGUACAAUGCUUUUCCUCUCAGACUGCAACACAACCUACAGAGACUCACAAUAUUAUAAAAGAUACGGAAAAAGUUACAGGUGAAAGUGCUAAACAUGAGUUUCAGUCAGAGACUCAGAUGCUCUUACAAAUUGUUGCUAAGUCUUUGUAUUCAGAUAAAGAGGUAUUUCUUCGUGAAUUAAUUUCCAAUGCAAGUGAUGCACUUGAAAAACUACGAUACAUGCGAUUAAGUGACAGCAAAGCAGCAGAGCUUAUAGGAGAUAGAAGUUUAGAAAUUCAUAUUGGUACUGAUAAGCAAAACAGAAUUCUUACAAUUCAAGAUACAGGAGUUGGUAUGACUCGUGAAGAACUAGUAUCAAACUUAGGAACUAUAGCUAGAUCUGGUUCUAGGGCUUUCUUAGAAAAAUUAAAAGAAAAGCAAGAUGCUGGUGAUUCAUCUCAAAUUAUUGGACAGUUUGGUGUUGGUUUCUAUAGUGCUUUUAUGGUUGCUGAUAAAGUGGAAGUAUUUACAAAAUCAUAUACAGAAGGUGCUGAAGGCCUUUUUUGGAUUUCUGAUGGUUCCAAUACUUUCAAAAUUUCAACUGCUGAAGGAGUCCAACCAGGAACAAAAAUUGUUAUUCACUUGAAAGUCGAUAGCCGAGAAUUUAGUGACGAUGACACAGUUAAUCGCUUAAUUACUAAGUACAGCAACUUUAUUAGCAGUCCCAUUUACGUUAAUGGCAAAAGGGUUAAUACUAUUCAGCCAUUAUGGAUGCUCGAUCAAAAAGAUAUUACGCCACAACAACAUAGCGAGUUCUAUAAGUAUAUUGGGAACUGUUUUGAUUCUCCACGGUUCACGUUACAUUACACAACCGAUGUUCCAAUUAAUAUAAGGGCGUUAUUAUAUUUCCCGGAAGAAAGACCUGCAUUAUUCGAUAUGAGUAGAGGCGACGGUAGCAGCGUCUCACUGUAUAGCCGUAAAAUUUUAAUUAAGAGCAAAGCGGAAAAUAUUUUGCCAAAAUGGUUGCGUUUCCUUAAAGGAGUAGUUGAUUCCGAAGAUAUUCCCCUUAAUUUAAGUCGCGAAUUACUACAAAAUAGUACUUUAAUAGGAAAAUUGCGCGAUGUUUUAACAACACGCGUCUUAAAAUUUUUGAAUGAAAGAGCUCGAAAACAGACUGAAGACUACAACAAAUUUUAUAAAGAUUACAGUAUAUUUUUAAAGGAAGGCGUUGUGAGCACUGAUAGUCAGAGAGACAAGGAAGAAAUAGCCAAACUUUUACGAUAUGAGUCAUCUAUAGCGGAACCAGGACAAUUAAUCAGUCUUACAGAUUACUGUGAACGCAUUUCUGCAGAUCAAAAGAAAAUCUAUUAUUUGGUAGCUCCAAGUCGCAACUUAGCUGAACAAUCGCCAUAUUAUGAAUCUCUAAAAAAACGUAAUAUCGAAGUACUGUUUUGUUAUGAAGCACAUGAUGACGUAAUUUUCAUGCAUUUAAGACAAUUUAAAGAUCUUCCUUUGACUUCUAUCGAAGAAGAUAUGCGUGAUGACUCAAAUAAAUCUGAUAGUCCUGAUAUUAUUAACAAAGGUGAAAUCGAUAAUCUUAUCACUCAUAUGAAGAAAGUUUUGGCAGGAAAAGCAAACGAUAUUAAGAUAACGAAUCGACUUGAGUCACAUCCAUGUGUAGUCACAGUCAAAGAUAUGGCAAAUGCAAGGCACUUUACUCGCUUACAGACUCGUCAAAUGCAAGAUGAAAUGCUAUAUUCCUUGCUCAGACCAACUUUUGAAAUAAAUCCUAAUCAUUCUCUCAUUAAGAAGCUUUGCGAAAUAAUGAACAGCAAUUCCAAAUUGGCAGAUCUUCUUAUAAACCAGCUGUUCACUAAUAGUAUGGCUGAAGCUGGUUUAAUUGACAAUCCACGAAUAUUACUAGCGUCAAUGAACGAGUUAUUGACUGCAGCGCUAGAAAAGUAUUAAUUGGUUAUUUAACAAAUCAUUUAAAAAUACUCUUUAA